AAACGUUGACGUUGCGUCCCAUGUAACUAUGGGAACGAGACCUGCUGAUAUUUUGCAGUGGAUCAAUUUCACGGUACAGGAAUUCUUGGGAGUUUUUUUUCCAGAGUUGGGCUCAACAGAGGAAUAUGAAGAUGAUCUCAGCAAAUAGUCGCUAAAGCUUGGAGUUUUGUGGCAGAACUAAUGAUACAAAACAACCUACAAUUAUGCCUGCUCCAAAAAGAGAUAGUCAACAUAGGACCCGUGCAAGAGGCAUAGCAAGGCCAAGCGAUGGUUCCCUGGAUCACAGAGGGAGGAAAAAUGACUCUAUCCCAGCAGCAAAUGUGGCCUCUGUUCUCUUACUACCACCACUGGAGUCUCAGGAGCACCAUGCCUCCUCACCAGCCUUCAUGUAUGAGCCCCAUCCAGGUCGAGCCCUUAGCACUGGAAACCUCACCCCUGCUCCCACUCCUCUGUCCAUGGUGGAGCUCCCUCACCUCGUGGCAGAGGUGGGUCCUGAGCUGGCCAUGGGGGAGUCACUGUGGAUGGAGGGACCUUGUCUGAUCGCUUCAGCGCUGGGGACUGAUAUCCCUGUCAAAGCUACUCAGGUGUCAUUUGAGGAAUCUGCUCUGGACAGCUUUACAGAUCAUGGAGACGUGUCCCAGGUAAAGAUGGCUGAUCAAGACAAGGAGACAGAAAACAGAAAAGAUGCCAAGCACAGAGAGCCUCUGACUGGCACAGAGGUGGUGGAAAUCUUUGCAAAGAAAAGACAUCUGGGAAAGCUUCAGUUUUUCCACUUGCAAGCUGUGAACAAUGGCCCAUUCAGACCGUAUGACCUUCGUGUGGUCCCCCCCAAUAGAGCAGGCACUGAGCACUUCAUCUUCUCCCCCUCCUCUGUGCUGCAUGUGCAGGAUGGAUGCAGUGCUGGGCUCCUUUCUCUGGCAGAGUGGCAUCGGGAGGCCAUACUGUGGAGAGCCUUGCAGGAUAUCCCAUUUUUCAGGGACUAUUUACUUCGUAAGGCAUUCAUCAGGUGGCAUAGAAGCGUGUGUAAGAUCACUCUGCAGAGGAAGGGUGAAGUACUGCAGGGCCUGCUACUCAUGGCUGUACCCCAGUUCAGAGACGCUCUCUUUCAAUUCUCCAGACUGAUUGAAGAACUGAAAGGGGUUAAUUGGUUGCCACAGGAUGAAUGCAAGACCUACACCCUUCUGGACUUCCAGAAUGCCCUCAUGAAAAAGAACCAGGAGUGCCGCAGGCUCCUUGAGAUAUUCUUGCAGUAUCGUGCUCUCAUCCUCAACAUGGUCCAGGAGGACAGCUAUGGGGCUCACCAGGAGCUGCAGUUACGUGUUGAACGCUCCCAGCUUAGCCAGCGCAGCCAGCCCCUGUACCUCCAGCUGGCUCAUCUGAGGGACCUGAGGAAGGAGCUGGGCCAGGCAGAGUACGUCCUGCAGCAGCUGGGAAAUAUGGCCGCCCUGGCCGAUCAUAUGAUCGUGCAGGGUAUCGUCACAAUCGCCCACCGAGAGGUCACUUCUUUCCUCAACAACGUCAUGAAGAGAGUGCAGCCACAGCAGGGGAGUCUAUUCCAAGCAGAGCUGAUAUUCGGAGCAGACGGUCAGCCAACUCUGUUCCCACCCAUGCACUUGUUCCAGGAGGUGCUGCGAGGGGCACUGCUGUCAGUCGCAAACUCUGCCCUUCAGGUAUUUGACACUUGUAGUUACUGUCUUGAUGCCAAGGAGAGUGUGUCUGCCAGCACCUCCCUCACCAGUGCUGCUCAGGAGCUAAGCCCUGACCUGAGCCUGGCCUGUACCAGUGGAACUAAUUGUAUCACAGCUUUUGGGGAGAAGGACAGUGAGCCAACUGGUGUCAGCAGCUUCUCCUCCAAGCGGGAGCCUCAUUGUGUUCUAUCAGCUCCCAGGCUGGUGCUGCCCAAGCUGACCCCUCUGAUGGUCCAGGGCCAGAGGCUGAGAGGGCAGUACUACCCCCUGUCCAGUAAACAGCUGGAAUGGCAGCUCAGCCUCAAUGCUGGGGCUAAGGAGGUCCAGAGAGAGCAAGCCAGGAUCUCACAGGAGGCUGGGCUUGAGAUCCAGCAGCUGUGCGAGGGACUCUCCUGGUUGGUUGACAUUCAUCUGUUUACCAGCCAAUGGAGUCCAGCUUCUCUGGAGACCAUGAGGGGCAUGCCUGCCUUACGCUACGAGGAGCACAUUCAGAAGGUGCGCUUCUGGACUGACAGGGUGCGCACAGUGCCCCCCUCUCUCACUACCUCCAACAAGCUGCUCAUCGUCACCUGCUCCCACAUCCAGGAGAAGAUAGGGCCUCUGUUGAACUCCAUAGAGGAGGAUGUGUUGACUCUGUUGAAUGAGGAGCUGAAGCUGCGCUCAGAGAACUUGAUAUUAGAACUGAAGAGAGCUGUGGAAGGUCUUAGGGUCGAACCCACAGAUUUCAACGACUUCACCCACUAUGCCAGCAUGGUGAAACGCUGUGCGAAAAUGUCUGAUGACAUGCAACAUCAACUAGAAUACCUACACUCUCUCCAGGAAACUGUUCGAACCAACUACAGACAGAUGACACCAGAUGAGCUGUUAUUGGAGGAACAGAUGCUGGACCUGUGGGACAUUUUUGUUCCUCUCCUGAAGCAGGGAGCAGAUACAGUGUGCCAGCGUCUUCCCUCCAUGGCUGACACCCUGGACAACACCUUCUCCUCCCUGGCCCACGACCUGGAGGAGAUGGUGACCAAAGCCACCUCUGGACCAUAUUUGGACCCCACUCAGAAUGCUGCUCAGAUGCUCAACAAGCUCAAGAUCAUGUGCAGACAGGUGUAUGCUGUCUCUGCUCGCCUGACAGAGCUCAGCAGGACAAGUAAAAGUCUCAGAGGAAACCCUCUGGAUUUGACUUUUGUAACCACAGCCAAGCAGAAGCUGGAAGCCCGCAAAGGACUGUGGGAGCUGAUGACUGUAUCCACCUCCCAGAUCCAAGAGUGGAGGCUGCUGCUCUUCAGCAAGUUUGUUGUGUCGAGAGCCCAGGAGAAGGUGGAUGAGUGGCUGCAGCAGGCGGUAUCCCUGGCCAGGACCAUCCCUUCCCGAGAUGCUGUGCUGCAGGAGACCCUGGGGAUCCUUGAGCGUUUCAACCAGCAGCUCCCUGUGCUGGCCAAACUCAGCAGCCCCACACUCAAACACAAACACUGGAGGAACAUCUUCAAAGGUAUGGGGUUACUUUAUGCACCAGAGUGGAACCUCACUGUAGCUGACCUGUUGUCCAAGAAGCUGAGAGAGCACCAGAAUAAAAUCAGCAAGAUUUGCCAGGAGGCUAAGGCAGAGGCGGACAUGGAGCAGGCCUUCAGGAAGCUUCAGAGACGCUGGGAGGGGGCACUGUUCCGACUGGCCAAGUUCAUUGUUACUGUUUGGCAGGAAGAUAAACCACAGCUUGGUGCCACACGGAGAAAGAAGCCCACGAAUGGCCUGGUCUCAAACUACCAAACACCCAAACAGCACUCUCGUGACAGUGGCACCUUCACCAUCAUUGGUCUGGAGACACUCCUGGCUCAGACACAGGACAGUGUAAUGACUCUGUCCAACAUGCUGCUCUCUCCCCACGUUGCUGAGUUCAGGCUGGAGGUGGAACACUGGGUGCAGCUGUUGCAAGAACUGGAGGAACUGCUUGAUUUCUUUGAAAGGUACCAGCAGAAGUGGGUCUUCCUUAGCAAAAUGUUCUACGAGACAACGGUCAGUGUUCAGAAGGCAGAACUGUUGAACAGGUUCCUUCCUGUGGAUAAGACUUUCAAGGAGAUUAUCCAAACUACACUAAGGGACCCCCACGUGCUGAACAUAGUGCGGCUCAGGAAGACAACAGAGUUGACUUGCUGCUUCCAUGGACACAGCCUCCGUGUUCUCCUCAUAGAGGGUCUGUCCACCAUGGAGGGUAUCUCUAACCAGCUGCUGUACCUCCUGGGCUCUCCACGCAGGGAGUUCCCUCGCCUCUGCUUCCUGAGCGAUGGGGAGGUGAUCAAACUCCUCUCUCUGCACCCCACGCCCUCCGCUCUGCUCCCUCUGGUGCGUAAGUGUUUCCGAGGGGUGCGCUGGCUGGAGGUGGACAGCAAAACUGACAUGCCCUCUGAUGUGACAGAUCUGAGCAGUGGCUUAGAUCUCUCUGACACCCAGAUGUGUGUACGAGGGGUGUAUGGUAGUGUCAGGGAGCACGUGCCCUUCCUCUGCCCCCUGGAGCCAAACCUCAACCCCCUGGUGUGGCUAUGUCUCCUGGAGCUGCAGCUUCAACAGGCCAUGAAGCAGCUCAUGAAGCAGUGUGCUGUGGCACGACAACAGUUCGAGCUGUUGGAACCGGACCCGGAAUGGGAGAAGAAAGUUGGGGACUCCCUGUCACAUGACCCGUUUCGCUACACCAGCCCAUCAACCUCCCUCAGAAAGGAAGAGGGUAAAGAAGCAAAAGGAGUGAACGAUUUGCCUUCUAUGUGGAGUAUACUCUCUGACUACCCACUGCAAUGCCUGUUAGUGGCUGAAGAGGCUUUAUGGUGCAGUGAAGUUCGGACUGCUUACAAGGCCUCAGCUCCGGUCAAGUGGUCCCGCAUCAAGGCACAAAAUGCUUCCAAACUCCAGAGCUUGUGCCAAGCCAUACAAGACGGCAUCACGGGUGAUAUUGACAAAUCAAUGACCACCCAGCGCAUGGUGACAGUGCUGCAUGCUCUGGUGUUACUCACCAUGAACCACUCGCAACAGUUAUCUAGGCUCAUGGAGGUAAAGUGUGACCUCGAGUCGUCUUUUGAGUGGCAGAGUUUGAUGAAGUACCAUCUGAUUACAGACACUCCGAAUGAGUCAACAACACAAGAGGGACACCAUGAUUUGUGCUAUGUUGAAAUCUUGGGCACCCACCUGCCCUAUGGUUACGAAUACCUUGGCCCAGAGCACUGGAUAUUAGUAAACACCCCCUCCACAGAUCGAGCAAUACUGGGUAUCCUCUUGGCUCUGACCAGCUACAGGUGUGGCUUUGUAAGUGGACCUUGCAUGUCUGGAAAGAGGAAGACUGUGGUACAGUUAGGAAGAGCACUGGGACGUCAGGUCAUCUCCUUACAGUGUUGUGUCAAUACGAGUCCCUCUGUCGUCCAGCAGAUGCUGUUUGGUGCCCUUCAGACCGGGGCCUGGCUGGUCCUGGACUGUGUAGACCUGAUGACCCAGGGAGUGCUUUCCCAACUAGGGCAGCAUCUUUCAGACAUUCACCAAUCCCUGUCCAUCCUGCAGAGAAAUACUCAGCAGAAAGGAUUUGAGACCCAUACCAAGCCUUUAUCCACUUUCUCCAACCCAAACGGAGAUGGUACAGUUUCACCAAGAGACAGCCAUGGCGACAUUUGGAAAGAGUGCAGGAAGUCUAAUGAGCUUGAGUGCCAGAUGUCUUUUUCUGGGGAAAACAUAUUUGCCAAACUGAGCUAUGGCUGUGUAAUCAUUUCAUCACGAGGAUACACAACAGAGGUCCCAGAGAAUCUGCGAGUGGCGACCAGGCCAAUUUCGUUGGCCCACCCUGACUACAGGAUCAUCACAGAGGUCAUGCUAGUCUCCCUGGGCUUCUCAGAUGCUGUGUCUAUAAGUCGACGGCUGAUCUCCCUUUUUAGCCUGGCCAAAGACUCCCUCUGUCUCCCUGAUUCUGUCAGUGGUGAGCAGACAUCCUGGAUGGUUCUUCUCAGAAACGUCAUUGCUGCCUCUGGGACACAUCUCCGCAGCAACAGCCGGCUGGAUGUGCAUAUAGAGAAAGUGUUGAGGGAGGAACCUGACGCUCCUAGGCUUCCUCUGGAUGGGAUCCUCAACCCCCCUGAGACAGAUGGAGGAGACAAAUGUCCCCAGUCUACCCACUACAAGAGUGCCAACCAGUCUGCUGCCCUCAUGCAAGCUGUGUUGGAGGAGCAGGCUGUUGUCAACAGUGUUUUGUCAAUCCUACUAUCGGCUAUGUUUGAGCAGAAGAAAGCCUCACAGUUCCGCACCAUAUUUGAAGAGAUCUUUCCAGUGGCGCGUUCCCACCCUAUUCUCCAACAGUACAUUGAGGAGGAAGGGGAACAGAACAUCCUGAAGACAGCAGUUACAGAGGAGCUGCAACAAACGGGGUUCCAUGCUGAUACCAAAGUGCUGCGCAAUGCACUCACCCUCUAUCAGGCUAUGAAGCUCUCCAGAGCAGUUCUUCUGGUUGGCCCUGCUGGGAGUGGAAAGACAACCUGCUACCGUGCCCUGGCCGGAGCACUGCGUAGACUGGCAGCUAGGGCAGAGGAGGCCGAAUUUGAUGAGGAUCUCACCUGUGAAGGAGAUGGUAUGGAAACUGAUUACCAGUCCUCUACUUCAAACUGGAGCUCUGUUGACACCGUGGUCUUAUUCCCCAAUGCUUUGUCCCACGAGGAGCUCUUUGGGGGCUGCUAUGAACAGCAGGGAUCCUGGUGGGAUGGUGCUUUCACAAAAGUACUGAGAGGCUCAGAGCAGCAUGACUUGUCAGCCACCACCACCUCUAAAAAGAAGAAGACGGGGGGUCAGACGAGGAAGGGGAAGUGGCUGGUGAUGGAUGGAGAGCCAUUGGGGCAGCCUGGUUGGUUGGACUCCUUCAGCACCCUCUGCAAUCCUGAGGAUCCCUUCCUGUGCCUCUCCUCAGGAGAGAAGGUUCGGCCAUCCCACAAGGAGCUGAAACUAUUGGCAGAGGUCACAGACCUGGGAGAUGCAGCCCCUUCUGCAGUGACCCGCUGCAACCUGGUGUAUCUGUCUGGGAAGGACCUGUGGAAGGCUGUGUGGAAGGUCGAAAUGGAUGCUCUCUACAGAGAGCACAGUCUGGAUCAGGGGACCCUGAAGAUGUGGAACCGUUUGGCUGAGGACCUUUUCUCCAGCACACUCACUUUCAUUAGGCACAAGGCCCUCACACCUGUCAUGCACAGCGAGGGAGAUGGAUCCAGUAAAUUUAGUAAAGGCAUCACUUAUGGACUGCAAGAAGUGAAUUCAUUCAUUAGGAUUCUGCAUGCCCUCCUGGAGCAGUUUGGGAAAGGACGGGGGUUAAAAGCUACACCAAGGAUGACAGACAAAAGAGAAAUGAACCCAGUUGGAGCUCACCCGACAUGCACAGAUGCCCUGAUCCCUUCAACUCAGCAAGAGAUUCAAGCCAGGAACCUCUUUCUAGUGGCUUAUAUUUGGGGCUUUGGCGGACACCUGCAUCCCAGACACUGGCCCCAGUUUGACCUGCUAGCUCGUGAGGCGCUAUUUGAGAGCCGGUACAGAGUGGAGGUUCCCUCUGAGGGGACGGUCUUUGAACAAUUUUUUAACCUGAGUGAGGGGAUGAUGGGAGACACUAGCAACCCCAUCAACUGUUCCAGGAGCAAGAGCCCACAGAUAGUCUACACAACUGUCCCCCAGUAUGAGAAAUAUGCCUACCUGCUGGACCUGAUGUUGGAGGCCAAACAGCCAGCGAUGCUGGUGGGAGAGGCAGGCUCAGGGAAGACCAUGCUGUGUCAUUCUCUAUUAAGUCAGGACAGGGCACACAUCCGCCUGCCUGCCAGCCCACGCCUGAGAUCCACUGACCUGCGCAAUGUGCUGGAGAGCAUGGGCUGCCAGAAGACCCGGUUAGGAACCAUGGGUACUAUGAUCAAACAGCCUGGACUGCUCCUGUUUGUGGAUGACCUCCAUGAAGCUCCUUGUGAUGCUUUUGGAAAGACGUCCAUGGCUCUGGAGACACUGCGGCAGUGCAUUUCUCGGGGCGGCGUUCUAACUUCAGAUGGUUAUCAUUUCAAGCUGUUUAGUUCCGGAGCUAUCAGCUACUUGUGUACCUGCCGCACAUCAGGAGUGGGCAACCAGUCAGAUUGCAAUCGGAUCUCCUCCCGCCUCUCCCGUCACUUCUCCAUCUUGGUGCUGCCCAGCUUGUCUGUAGAUGUUUUAUUCUCCAUCCACUCUCCACAGCUACAGAACUGGCUCAAAGAGUUCCCAUGCAUGCCCAGGUACAUGGAUAUGGCACGAUGUAUCAUCACUGCAACCUUAGACCUGUAUUAUGCCGUGUGUGAGCAGUUCCAACCCAACGUCCACAGGCCACACUUCCUCUUCUCCAUGCAUGACCUGCAGAAGGUGUUUCAUGGCAUAUGCUUAUGGGCCCCGCGCAACUCUAACAGACAAUCACUCCAGAAGAAGAUUAGCCUCAGGGUUCUUCACUCUUCCUCUGCCCUUCCUUGCUUUGCUCCAGCCACACUGGGCCCUGCAGCCAACAUGCUCAACAUAGCUCGUCUGUGGAUGCAUGAGUGUCUGCGCACAUUUGGAGACCGGCUGUGCUCAGAGGAUGAGGGCCAAGCGCUGGUGUCACUGAUGGCCAAGGUGUCAGAGAGACACUACAGCAGCAGGAUGACAGUUAAACCCCAGACUGCAAGAGCAGAGGACACCCCAUGUGCUGCAUCAACUAAGCCUAGCACACAUAUACCCCCUCCUACACCAACAGACUACCAGAAGUCAAGCCAUCAGCGACCAUCCACUCCAAAUCAGCCUGCCAAGUCCCCAUUGCCUAUUAAGGCUGAAACACACACAGAACAGGAGGAGCAAGCAGAGUUUUCUGACAGGGUGAGCAGCUCAGACUCCAGCUCAUGGGGCAGUAGUGAGGAUGAUUUAUUUGGUGAGAUCUACCCCCAAAAACAAGAAAAUGACAAGAAAAAGCAUGUGAAGAAACCCCUCAAGAAAGAUGUCUCUCUUUUUCAACCGACACAGCUCAUAUCAAGCUCACAUCAAGCACUGGAUCCCUCUCCUCCAAAAGGACCUAAACCAGUCAAUCAGUCAGACUGGAAGAGGAGCCAUAAGCUGUGUGAACAGACCCCACAGACUGAGCCCAGCCCAGCCAGGGCCCUUGUGCCUUUACAACUCCUGCAGGACAUGGAGACUACUAUUCAACAUGUUGUCUUUAGUGUAGAGCUAUUGGAGCCGCUCCCUUCCAUGUCUCAGCAGCACAAUUUCAAACGCAACUCUGCCUACCUGGAAAGAGACCUGGGGUUACUAGUUCAGCAGCUGGCUUUCACAGUCAAAAGCAAAGAGGAGGAGGAAGAAGAGGAGUUUGACGAUAACUACAGGAGCACCUCUAGUUACAUUGUGCACAGGCAGAGGGUAUGUCAGCUGGUGCACGUCCUCAGGGCUCUGCUCAUACCUGGCGGGCAUGGGGCUCUGUUUGGGGCUGUGAGAGGCACAGGCCGAAAGACCACAGUGCGUUUAGCUGCCUAUCUCACUGGCUAUCAGUUGAUAGAGGUGCAUCCUGGGAAUGAGAGUCAGUUGCGUGAGAUGCUGCGGGAGGCAGGUGGCCAGGCAGGCGUGCACGGUGGCAAUGUGGUGAUACUUGUCCACGAGGAGACCAGUCAAGCUGCCAGAGAUGAACUGAUAGUGGUGAUGGCUGACGGGACCUUCCCAGGGCUCUACUCUGACGAGGAGCUGAAGAAUCUGGUGCUGAGAAUCAACGCUCUCAUCAAGAACUCACGCAAUCGCCUACGAGAUGACCAGGCCCUUGAGAAGUAUUUCAGACAGACCCAGAGGAAUGUGCAUGUGUUCCUGCUGCUGCCCUUCUCCCCAGACACCAGUGAGAUGCCUCCUGAGAACGCCUCAGUAACCCUGGCAGUGGCGCACAUGACCAAGGCUCUCAGCCUCUGCUGCUGUGUGGAGGUAUACCAGCCUUGGUCCACCCAGUCCCUUGUUGAGGCAGCCUUUUGUCACCUCAGAGAGAGCCUGCAGAUACCCGACACAGAAAGCAAAGUGGACAGAGAUGUCUUAGUGGGCAGUAUUUCUGAGGCCAUGGCAGGGAUCCACCAGUCUGCCUGUAAAUAUGCCUCCAUCCUCCACCCGGACCUCCAGCCUUUCAGCCCCCAGACAUUUUUGGAGCUGAUCGCUCACUUCUUCCACCUCUGCAGCCACCUCUGUGAACAGGGCCGGGGCCAGGCUAACAGAGUGUCAACAAUCUUGGCCCGUGUGAAAGACAUGACAGACACAGCUGAGCAGAACAGCCAGGAAGUUGUCAGACUGAAGAGGAAGAUUGCAGAAACACAAAAGUGCUUGUUCCCGCUGCAGCGUGUGACAGACACAGAGCGAAUGCUGUGUGAGCGUGCCCGGCAGCACUGUCUACUGGAGGAGAACAGACUAUCUCACCUGGAGGAACAGACUCAUCAGGCCCAACAGCAGGCAGAGGACGCCUUCAAGGAGGUGAGUCCUCUGUACCAGACUGCACUUGAUGCUCUUCAGUCUCUGAGCACGUCAGACCUGGUUGAGGUGCGACGCUACAGAUUUCCCCCAGACGGAGUGAUAAUCGUUAUGGAUGCCAUAUGCCUGUUAUUCAACCGCCCACGCAACUGGGAGAGCAGCAAACAGCUGCUGGGACAGUCCAACUUCUUCCAGGAGUUGGAGUUCUUUGACCGCUCCAUGUUGAGCGACGACCUGUUCCGUCAGUUGGGCCAGAUAGUGCCGCAACGAGCAUUCUUACCGGAGUCUGUGCGAGGUGUGAGCCGGGCGUGUGAGUCCCUGUGCCGCUGGGUGAGGGCAGUGUACCAGUAUGCUUGUGUCCAGCGCCACAUGGCCCCCCAGGAGGCCCGGAAGAAACAGCUGGAAGUGCGCAUGGCGGAGAGCCGUGCCCGGCUGCGUGUGGCCAGGUAUUACACCAGGCUGCAGGAGGAGGAGGCCCGGGAGCAGCUGGAGGACAUGGAGAGACAGCAGCAGUUCCUCAGACUGGACCUGGAAGAGCUGACCACCCAGCUGCGUAAGGCUGAGACCCUGGAAAGAAAGGCUGCUGCUGCAGUACAGCAGGUCCAGUGUCACAUCACUGACUGGACUGCUGCAGCAAAGGGAAGUAUAACACUCAUACUAAUACAUACCAAUGGAUAUGUCCCAAAUGGAACCAUAUUCCCUAUAGAGACAGAAAUGAAUAACCAGACUAUAUCAGGGGACGCUCUGCUCCUGGCUGCCACAAUCACCUACCUGGGUCCAUUUUUGCCAGAUGUACGGAUGGUACUAUUGGGGAAGUGGAGAGAGCUGUGUCUGUCUGGACACAUUAACAUCAACCCUGAGGACCCUAGGACCUCUCUACUCCCUAACCCUGCCUCUGUAGCCCCUGGGGCCCUUGAGGCCCCUCUCCAUGUCCCCAUCCCUAUGGGAGCAGAGCUGCAGAUGGCCCUGGCUAGGGCUGUAGGGGUGGACCAUCGCCAGGUGCUCGGGGUGCCUCCCAGGCUGGUGGUCAAGCUGCUGCUGUGGGGAUACAGAGGCCCCUGGGCUCAACACUGGCCCCUGCUGGCAGACGCUCAGCAACAUGAGAUGAGUGCCCAGGCCAUGCUGCUGACAGGGCAUCUUCCAGGUGACGACACCACAGCUCAGAGGGAGGGAGAGUAUGAGCUUGUGGUCAAUGCUGAUGACCCAGACCUACUGGACAAAGUCAGGCAGGGUUCAGAGAAAGGAUUGAGGGUGUUGGUUACCCACGUGGAGCGAGCAGUCCCCAGCCCAGAGUUCCUGGAGGUGUUGAUGCGGCCGGCAGGGAGCCAUUCUCCUGGUCUGAGACGACCUGUUCAGACAGCCCAUCCAGAGUUUUGCCUGUUCCUCAGCACUCCACUACCAGUCAGACUCAUACUCAAUGAGAUCCACCCGUCUAUCCUGUCUCAGGUGUAUGUCAUUGACCUCUCUCUGAGCUCCACUGAGGUGCAGGAGCUCAUGUUGACAGAGCUGGUGCAGUCAGAGUGUCUGGAGCUGUGGGUUCAGCACUGUCUCGUCAACACCGACAAGAAGGCACUGCAAGACAAACUGUGCCAAGAAGAGGUCUCUCUAAUGGAGUACAUCCUCCAGUCCUUCACCCCUCUGCUGCAGGACCCUGAGUUCCUCCCCCGGGUGUCAGCCUGUCAGACAGCCUCCCAGAAGCUGCAGGCUGAGAUUAUGGAGCUGAGCCUGGAGCUGGAGCGCCACAAGCCCCUCCUGGCUGACUUCCACAGAGUGGCAGGGCUGGCCACAGCCCUCUACCAGGCCCUGCAGGAGGUGGCACGCCUCUCCCCCUUCUACUUGUUCCCCCUGAGGAACUUCCUGUUCGCUGUGAGGGGGACGUUAGUCCUGAAGGGCCGACCUGAUGUUACCUUUAGUGGAGAGGUAGUGACAGGGGCAGUCAUGGCAGAGAUCACACACAGGAUGGUAUCUCACCUGUUGGCCCAGUACCGGCCCUGCCUGUUCCAGAGCCAUGCAACGCUGCUGAGGCUCCUGGUGUCUGUGGCUCUGUUCCUGCACAACGAGGACUGCUCGGAGGUGGAGCGGUUGGCAUUCCUCAGGGGCCUAGGAGAUAUGGACCUCCCAGUAGAUGCUUCCACACCAGCCUCACCUCCACCAUCUACCUCUCCAUCUCAGCAUCAUGUGCUCCCCAGCUGGGUGCCUCCUCACACCCACACAGAGGUCCUCCGGCUACACAACAUCCCAGCCUUCACAGGGCUGCUCUCAUCCCUGGCCACCUCUCCCAGCCAGUGGCAGGAGUACCUGCGCUUCCCCUCCUCCACAGUGGUGGGGCCUGUCCCCUGUCGCUCUCACUCCCACCUGUCCACUCUGCAGAGGGCUCUCCUCUGGAAGACCAUGCUGCCCCACUGCCUGGCUGCUGUGGCUGAGGACCUGGCUGCCUGUCAUCUGGGCCAGCCCGUGCGGUCAGCGGUAGCUGGGGCCCCUCACACCGGCUCCCCGGAGGCCCUCUCCCGCUUCCUGAACAAACACAAUGGGCCAGUCAUAGUCACACUCCCAGGCCCAAGCAGAGAUGGUUGGGCUAGCAUCCAACCACUUCACUGGCUGAAACAAGUGUCCCAGUACCAAACAGACAAAAGAGGGGUGAAAGUCAUAUCAUUUGGAGCUAAAUGCCAGAAGGAGGUCAUCCUCUCAGCACUGAAGGUAGCUGUUCAUGAUGGCAAUUGGCUGGUCUUUAACAACUGUCAUUUGUUAGACCAAUGGGAUGAGGAAGUGGUGUGUCAACUCAAUCAGUUGAUAUCCUGUGCAGCCAAAGGGCACCAAACAGAUGUGGAGACAGAGGGCCUCAUUCCAGUUGGGCUGUGUGCAGGUAGUCGGGUCCACCCACGCUUCAGACUUUGGUUUAUCACACGAGGAUACAACCCACUCUCCAUCCCAGCGUCAAUGAGAGUGUGUGCGCUGCGUCUGGUCUGUGACUCUCCUUGGGAUGUGAAGGAGGAGCUGUGCUCUUCUCUGCGUCAGGUUGUGUCUGUCACUUCGUCUGCCCCAACCUCUGGUGUCACAGCCUGCACCAUGGAACCCAUGCUGCGCGCUGCCAUCCUGCACUCUGUCCUGCUGCAACGACAGGCAUACAAACACCUAGGCCAGGGAAACAUCUAUCACUGGACUCAGGAGGACCUGCUGGCGCUGGUGGAUGCUCAAGUCCGUAUCGCCAAAGUCUGUGGCAACCCAACUGGGGCGCUGGAGUACAUAGCAGCCAACCUGGUGUAUGGAGGCCAUGUGGCAGACCUGGCAGACCUGGAGGCAGUGGAGAGUGUGUCUAGGGCCUGUCUCAGAGCAGCACCUCCUCUCUGGGGCAAUGGGCCUCACACUCUCUCCGAUAUCAUCCACAUACCUAGCCGCUGUGACUUAUCAGGCCUGCUGCAAAGUCUGGAGCAACGUGUUCAGGCUUUGGCCAACACCAGCGACCCCUUGGUGUUGGGCUUUAGUGCUGGUUUGGCAGAAGAGCUGGUGAAGGUUCACAGCCACACCCUGAACACCCUACUUCAAGACUCCCAGAAGCCCUUUGGCAGGGUCAGGAGCACCAACAAGCUGACCCACCCUGCUCUGCUGCCAGACUUCACCCAGGCCAGGGACCGACUACUGGCCCUAAAGGAAAGUCUGGGACGCAAGGAUGACAUCAGGGUUGUGAGUGUUGGAGCUCCAUCCCUGGGACCCCUACGCUACUUCCUCCAAGCAGAGUGGGACGGACUGGUUGAUGUGGUUUCCUCCCUGCAUUCUGAGCUUAACCAGCCCAUGCGAAACAGCAAGCCUACUGUCUCCUCUCUCCUGACCGUCUCAAGCCUGUUCCGCUUAGAAAGGAGAGCAGAGCUGCUCAAGGCAUACCUAUGUGAUAAGGCCACCAGUGGUCCUUCCAAUGCGUACCGCCUGUCUGCCUUCUCCAACGCCAGGGGCUUUCUGGGCGCGUUAAUCAGGGAGGCUGCCCAUGCUAAGCAGAGGGACAUCAGCAACAUCUCUCUUCAUUUCCAAGUGCUCAGUGCUGCAACAUCCCCAGCCUCUCUUCCCCUGAGCGGUGUAUAUCUGUGUGGACUAGAACUGAGAGGGGCACUGUGGGAUACGCGGCUUGGAGCCCUGCAGGACACGCUCUCCCCCCAGCCCUGCCUGUUCCCCCUCCUCUGGGUCAGAGCACGGGUGAGGAACACAGACACGGUCCGAGCCCCAGACAGCCCCCCCUGCAACACCUCCUCCCUGCCCCUCUACCACUGUCCCCUCUAUCUGGACGGAGAGCAUGGGGACAGUAGAUACUGGGAACUGGCUGAGAAUAACAUUAUCACUCGUGUCCCUCUAUUGGCAAAGCUAGAUCCUGUGCUAUGUACACUAAGAAGAGUGAGGCUUGUGAGUACCCUGUGA